CUUUGGCGCGCGUCUCCCGGCGCGGGGUUCCUCUCACGCAGCCUCCCAUUCAAAAGAUGCCGAAGGGGCGGCGCGGCAGCCAGAACCCCAAGAUGAGCCAGCGGCCGGCCCCGCCCCUCUACUUUCCGUCGCUCUAUGACCGGGGCAUCUCGUCGUCUCCGCUGAGCGACUUUAACAUCUGGAAGAAGCUCUUCGUGCCGCUGAAGGCAGGCGGGACGCCGGCGGCCGGGGUGGCAGGGGUAGCGGGGGUCCGAUCCCUGCCUCUGGCACCCCCAGCUACAGUGCCGCCGCCGCCGCCUGGCCUGGGUCCCCCCAGCGAGCGCCCGUGUCCUCCGCCCUGGCCGUCCGGCCUGGCUUCUAUUCCCUACGAGCCUCUGCGCUUCUUCUACUCGCCGCCUCCAGGCCCCGAGAUGGCAACUUCGGCCCUGGUCCCCGGCUCCACGACCCCCUGGCUCGCAUCUGCCUCCCACCCGGAGGAGCUGUGCGAGCUAGAGAUCCGGAUUAAGGAGCUGGAGCUGCUCACAAUCACUGGGGACGGCUUCGACUCCCAGCGCUAUAAAUUCCUGAAGGCGCUGAAAGAUGAAAAAUUACAAGGACUGAAGAUGAGCAGGCAACCUGGAAAGUCGGCCUCCUGCUCCUGAGGAGCUGCCCUCCCAAGCCCCCCGGAGCUGGGCAGCUGCCUCCUUAGGUGUUAGUGCUUAGAUAAUGUGUCCUAGUUGUUGUCAUUUCAAAGAUGGUUAUUUUCUGUUCUGUA